AGAAGCCGUUCUCCGUUCUCUUCACAUUCGGAUCGUUCUUCCUUCUGCAGAGACGGAGUUGUCCUCCGGUACGGCUGCUUCCCGAAACCCAGAGAAUCAGUGGCAGUCCUUCCUCACCCUUUCCGCCUUGCCGGCAGACGGCUUCUUCUCCACCUUGCCGGCAUCCUCUUCUCUCUGUUUCCUCCAUCUCCACCUGCUCACUGAGCUUCACGGUCUUUGCCAACAGCAUCGUCCUCACCGAAUCUGAGCUUGUUCAGCCUUACAGAAUCCGACAGGUAGAGAAUGGAUGAACAAGUUCUUGAAUAUUGAAUUCGUGAUGGCAAAUGAUUCAUUAGGAUUUAGCUAAUGCAAAUCUCGGUCGGAUUCUUGGGGAAACAGAGAGGCAGAAAGAAACUUGUGAGUGCUGCCUGCCGAGAAUUGAAAUUGAGAACUGAUUUGAGAUUUGUGGAGAAUUGGAUUGAGAAUUUCGUUCCCCAGUGCACUGCAGCAGAUCAGUCUGCAGGCGCUUCGUUGAUUUCUCUUCUCUCCGGGGUGGCUCUUUGAUCUUCAUCUCCCGUUGCGAUCGCUGCUUGAUUUGAGGAAACUAAUUCACAUACACUCCACCUGAGCUGCCGUCUCAUUGCAUGGUCGGCAUUGCUGCAGGCAAUCAUAUUUAGACUUCGCAAUUGAACAAGCCGAUGGCUGAGAUAGCAAACCUGGGUCAUUCUUUUGGUGAGUUGCCGGAUGCACAGAAGAGCAUAUUUGACUUGGGAGAAUUUGUUGGGGACUUAACCAUUGAGGAUGAUGCCAGCAGUGAUGAUGUGUCUCUAGAAGGACUUCAACAAGAACUUGAAGAGUGCAAGAAUGAUGAUGUGGUGGCAAACAUAUUGUCUAAAGGUACAAAACUGAGGGAAUACACAAAAGGGGUGGAGAACAAUCUACGACAAGUCGAAUUGGACUCCAUUCAGGAUUAUAUAAAAGAAAGUGACAAUCUUGUCUCACUCCAUGAUCAAAUUCGUGAAUGUGAUGGUAUUUUGUCUCAGAUGGAGACUCUUCUCAGUGGAUUUCAGGCUGAGAUCGGUUCCAUUAGUUCAGACAUAAAAAUACUACAGGAGAAGUCUAUGGAUAUGGGUCUGAAGCUGAAGAAUCGCAAGGUUGCAGAAUCCAAAUUGGCCAAGUUUGUUGAAGAUAUUAUCGUCCCACCGAGAAUGGUAGACAUUAUUGUUGAUGGGGAGGUGAAUGAUGAAUUCUUGAGAACUCUUGAGAUCUUAAGUAAGAAGGUGAAGUUCAUUGAAGUUGAUCCCAUGGCGAAAACUUCCAAAGCUCUGAAAGAUGUUCAGCCUGAGCUUGAAAAGUUGAGGCAGAAAGCAGUUUCAAAGGUCUUUGAAUUCAUUGUUCAGAAGCUUUAUGCGCUGAGAAAGCCCAAGACAAAUAUUCAGAUCCUUCAACAGAGUGUCCUUCUAAAGUACAAGUAUGUAAUCUCUUUCCUAAAGGAACAUGGCAAGGAGGUCUACCAAGAGGUUCGUGCCGCAUAUAUAGACACAAUGAACAAGGUUUUAAGUGCACAUUUCCGUGCUUAUAUUCAAGCCUUGGAAAAAUUGCAAUUAGACAUUGCCACGUCUACCGAUCUGAUUGGUGUGGAGGCAAGAAGCAUGAGUCUAUUUUCAAGCAGAAGGGAAACAUUGAAGAACCGGUCUGCUGUUUAUGCUCUGGGAGAUAGGAUUAACAUUUUGAAGGAGAUCGAUCAACCUGCAUUGAUUCCGCAUAUAGCUGAAGCGAGUUCAGCCAAGUAUCCCUAUGAAGUCCUCUUCAGAAGCUUGCACAAACUGCUUAUGGAUACUGCUACUUCCGAGUAUCUCUUUUGCGAUGAUUUCUUCGGAGAAGAGUCCAUAUUUUUUGACAUUUUUGCAGGUCCAUUUGCUGUCAUCGAUGAACAUUUGAAUGCUAUACUUCCUAACUGUUAUGAUGCUAUAGGCCUGAUGCUUAUGAUACUAAUCACACACCAGCACCAGCUUACCAUGUCCAGACGAAGAAUUCCUUGCCUAGACUCGUAUUUGGACAAGGUCAAUAUAUCCCUAUGGCCGCGGUUUAAAAUGGUAUUCGAUUUGCACCUCAGUAGCCUCCGAAACGCUAAUGUGAAGAUGCUGUGGGAAGAUGACAUCCAUCCUCACUAUGUGAUGAGGCGUUAUGCUGAGUUUACUGCAUCCCUCAUUCAGUUAAAUGUUGAGCAUGGAGAUGGUCAGCUUGAGUUGAACUUAGAAAGGCUGAGAAUGGCUGUGGAUGAUUUGCUCGUGAAGCUCGCUAAAAUGUUCCCAAAGCCAAAACAACAGAUUGGGUUUCUCAUAAACAACUAUGAUGUGGCAAUUGCUGUUCUUAAGGAAGCUGGGUCCGAUGGUGGGAAGAUUCAAAUGCAUUUUGAGGAAUCGCUGAAAAGUAAUACUGCACUAUUUGUGGAAGAACUGCUUCUCGAGCAUUUCAGUGACCUAAUCAAAUUCGUGAAGACCCGUGCCUCCGAGGAUCCCAGUUCUCCAUCCGAUCGGGCUGUGACAAUUGCAGAGGUCGAGCCACUAGUGAAGGACUUUGCCAACCGAUGGAAAGCAGCGAUAGAGCUGAUGCACAAAGACGUGAUAACUUCCUUCAGCAAUUUCCUGUGCGGUAUGGAUAUCCUGAGAGCUGCACUGACUCAGUUGCUGCUCUAUUACACCAGACUCUCGGACUGCAUAAAGAGGAUCCCCGGUGGUUCCGUCCUCAACAAGGAUCUCGUUUCCAUCUCCUCGAUCAUGUACGAGAUCAGGAAAUACUCAAGGACAUUCUAACUUAUCACAUAAAUAUUGAUAAGGAUGGCACAUUACGUACCUUGCUGAGUACUCUCUCUCAGAAGUCGGAAUUUUGGGGAAGUUCUGCACACGGGUUUUGAUUGCAUUUGUAAGUUCAAUCGGUAGCUGUGUGUUGAAUGCAGUAAUAGUUGGCUCAAAUAACAAUUGGCUUAAAUUCCUUGUCCAAUGAUCCCCUCUACUGGUAAGUCCAAAAGAUUCACACA